AUGGCUUCCUGCACCUGGUGACGGUUGAAGAAACUGUGUUAGGUCUCAUGGAGAAGCCCCGGGGUGUCGAGGAGACUCCGUCUUCAGAACCAAUAGAAGAGGAAGAGGAAGAUGAUGACUUGGAGCUCUUUGGUGGCUAUGACAGUUUCCGGAGUUACAACAGCAGUGCGGGCAGUGAGAGCAGCUCCUAUUUAGAGGAGUCGAGUGAAGCAGAAAAUGAGGAUCGGGAAGCAGGGGAGCUGCCCACCUCCCCCCUGCAUUUGCUCAGCCCUGGGACACCCCGCUCCUUGGAUGGCAGUGGUUCUGAGCCAGCUGUCUGUGAGAUGUGUGGUAUUGUGGGUACAAGGGAAGCCUUCUUCUCCAAGACAAAGAGAUUCUGCAGCGUCUCCUGUUCCAGAAGCUACUCCUCCAACUCCAAGAAAGCCAGUAUCCUGGCUAGAUUACAGGGAAAACCACCUACCAAGAAAGCCAAAGUCCUGCAUAAAGCUGCCUGGUCUGCCAAAAUCGGGGCCUUCCUCCACUCCCAAGGGACAGGACAGCUCGCAGACGGGACACCAACAGGGCAGGACGCACUGGUCUUGGGUUUCGACUGGGGGAAGUUCCUGAAGGACCACAGUUACAAGGCUGCUCCUGUCAGCUGCUUUAAACACGUCCCACUCUAUGAGCAGUGGGAGGAUGUGAUGAAGGGGAUGAAGGUGGAGGUGCUCAACAGCGAUGCUGUGCUUCCCAGCCGAGUGUACUGGAUCGCCUCGGUCAUCCAGGCGGCAGGGUACCGGGUGCUGCUCCGCUAUGAAGGCUUUGAAAAUGACGGCAGCCAUGACUUCUGGUGCAACCUGGGAACUGUGGACGUCCACCCCAUUGGCUGGUGUGCCAUCAACAGCAAGAUCCUGGUGCCCCCGCGGACCAUCCACGCCAAGUUCACCGAUUGGAAGGGCUACCUCAUGAAGCGGCUGGUGGGCUCCAGGACGCUCCCCGUGGAUUUCCAUAUCAAGAUGGUGGAGAGUAUGAAGUACCCCUUUCGGCAGGGCAUGCGGCUAGAGGUGGUGGACAAGUCCCAGGUGUCACGGACCCGCAUGGCUGUGGUGGACACGGUGAUCGGGGGUCGCCUGCGGCUCCUCUACGAGGACGGUGACAGCGACGACGACUUCUGGUGCCACAUGUGGAGCCCCCUGAUCCACCCAGUGGGUUGGUCACGACGUGUUGGCCAUGGCAUCAAGCUGUCAGAGAGGCGCAGUGACAUGGCCCACCAUCCCACCUUCCGGAAAAUCUACUGUGACGCUGUUCCUUACCUGUUCAAGAAGGUUCGAGCUGUCUACACAGAAGGCGGUUGGUUUGAGGAGGGGAUGAAACUGGAGGCCAUUGACCCCCUGAAUUUGGGCAACAUCUGCGUGGCGACCAUCUGCAAGGUUCUCCUGGACGGCUACCUGAUGCUGUGUGUGGACGGGGGACCCUCCACAGACGGCUCAGACUGGUUCUGUUACCAUGCCUCUUCCCAUGCCAUCUUCCCAGCCACCUUCUGCCAGAAGAAUGACAUUGAGCUCACACCCCCAAAAGGGUACGAGACACAUACUUUCAACUGGGAGACCUACUUGGAGAAGACCAAGUCCAAAGCAGCUCCAUCAAGACUCUUUAACAUGGACUGCCCCAACCACGGCUUCAAGGUGGGCAUGAAGCUGGAAGCCGUGGACCUGAUGGAGCCCCGGCUCAUCUGCGUGGCCACCGUGAAGCGGGUGGUGCAUCGGCUCCUCAGCAUCCACUUCGAUGGCUGGGACAGCGAGUACGACCAGUGGGUGGACUGUGAGUCCCCGGACAUCUACCCCGUCGGCUGGUGUGAGCUCACUGGCUACCAGCUCCAGCCACCUGUGGCCGCAGAGCCGACCACACCUCUAAAAGCCAAAGAGGCCACAAAGAAGAAAAAGAAACAAUUUGGAAAGAAACGAAAAAGAAUACCACCGACCAAGACCCGGCCCCUCAGACAGGGGUCCAAGAAGCCCCUGCUGGAGGACGACGUGCAGGCCAUGGAGAGCAUCCCGUCCGAGCCUGGUCCCGAUGAGAUCAUUACCGUGCGUGUGAAGGAGGAGCAUCUGGACAUGGCCAUGCCUGACAAGGCCCCGAGUCCAGAGCUGCCUGUGCCCAUCGAGAACAUCAAACAGGAGACAGACGACUGAGCCGUCCUCACUGCCAGCGCGGCCGCCUGGCUGAGGCCAACCUAGGGUGCCUCUAUUGCCACCACCCCUCCACUCCACUUUACUUUGGAGACUGAGCCUUUUGCAUAAAUUCUGCCUGGUGCUGUGAGGGCCGGGCCCCAAAGGAACAGCCAGGGUCUCCCUGACCCGCCCUGUUGCCUGUGCCCGUCUCUUGGGCAAGGCCUACACAACAGGGGCUGCCUGAGACCCACAACCUUGCCUGUUAGCAACCCCCUCUCCAGCCAGAGUUCCUAAAGCCCUUUAUUAAAUGUAGCCUCUCUCCACACCCACCAUGUCACUCAGCUGCCGGGGUCGGGGGCUGACCCCAUCACACUGGAAGAUUAGUCGGUUGUGGGGGGUGUGCUUAUGCCCAAGCAAGUCACAGAAAUAAAGACGUGGAGCAGCUCCCGAGGCGGAGACGGCCACCCAA